UUGACGAAAAUAUCCUUUUGUUACGACCAUCGUUACAUUUAAAAUUCAGGGACUCAAAUGAUACUCAUUUCAAACUUUAGGAUCGUGAAAGGAAUUUACCCAAUUCGUUUAUAUUCUUUUAAAAUAGAAAAUUAUUCAAAUCUAAGCAGGUCCAUCUACCCAGGAGAGGAAUAAUAUUUUGUUAGGGUUUAUGUUAAGGAAACUUGAAGUCAGAUUUCCCUUUCUCUCUCUCUCUCUGUUAACAGGAGAAAUUUCGGGAAGGCUGCAUUGUGAACAGCAUGAAGAGGGGAUUGCCAUGGAGUGACCAGGUUGAUGUAAUUUCAUCAGAUGAAUCUUCCUCAUCAUCAUCUUCUUCUUCUUCUUCUUUAGAUGUUGGGUUUCAGGUCAAUGAUGGAACUACAAAUGUCACAGUUGAUCAACCUCCUAAAGAAUCAUCUUCUGAAGGAUUGUUGAUCAGAAAGGCUGAAGUUUAUCAGGAAUAUAUGAAGCAAUUACCAAUUCCGACACACCGAGGCUCUAUUAUUCCGUUCACCACAUGGAUGGGAUUAGGCAGAUCCAUCAAACAAUUGUAUGGGCAACCUCUGCAUUACCUCACUAACAUUCUCCUAAAACAGUGGGAUCAUUUGAGGAUCGGCAGUGAGGAUGAGCAUAGCCCCCUGGAUAUUGUCAUUCACCCCUGCAAAGCAGAAGCCACUGUCUGGCUCAUUGAAGAACUCCAUCGACAGACCUCGUCUUAUCAUCACAUAGCCAAACUAUGGCAUUCAGAUCCAAUGCGCCAUGCAUUCAUUGAUUCCAUUUUUCCGCAAUUGUGAAAUUCAUGUACAAGGGUCCAUAAGUUUUCACAUGCCCAUGCCCUGUGCCUGAUUCUGGGGUAAAUUGUCUGAACAACUCAACAAAAGUGAUGGAUCCAAAGUAGGAGAGGUUGAAAACAUGAGUAUCUGUCUUUCCUCCAUUUCAUCCGGUAAAAAUGUUGUUAUUUUGUUAAUACGGUUUCAGUCUUUCAGAGUACAUGAAAUCAAUUCACGAUGAAAAGUUCUUGUCCACCCAUCUCUUUUCCCAUGGACGUUUGUAGUGUCAACCACAUUGCAUAAACUUUUUGGUAAACAUGUAGUUUGGUUGUCAAGCCUGCUAAUGUCUUCUGCAUCUAAAUGAAGGAUAAUUAUGAAGUUCA